GCACAAAAAACACUGUCUCUCUCUCUCUUUCCUCUUGUUCUCUCUCUCUCUCUGUAAACACAAUAUGAGCGGCGGUGUGGCUACUAGGGUUUCAAUCCCAGACAAUGUAAAGAGCACGAUCCAAAACAUCAGAGAGAUCACUAAGAAGCUUCACAGCGACGAUGAAAUCUACGCUGUGCUCAAGGAGUGCUCUAUGGAUCCAAAUGAGACUGCCCAGAAGCUCAUGUAUUUAGAUACAUUUCAUGAGGUAAAAAAGAGACGUGAUCGGAAAAAGGAGAGCUUGAAAGGUAGAGCAUCUGAAGAAUCGAGGACAGCACCAGGGGGGCAUAGGCGAAUGGUUAGGGGUGGCGGCCAGGGGAAUUCUUCUGAUGCUGGUGGUGGGAGAAAUUCUUCUGCUCGGAGGGAAAAUGGAGGUGGUCAUGUUCCAGAUGAAGGUUCUCUAUCUUCUUUUAUGUCAGUUCAGCAGAAAACUAAAAACAAUGCUGCGGUUCCAAGCACAAAAGCUUCAAUUGGCGUUCCAAAUGGGGUUAAAAGCAUGUCCAAUGGGACUGCUAGUCCUGUUCCUGCUCCAAAAUCCUCUGCUGGUGUUGAUGCAAACAAGCUGGGAGCUACAGCACCGCGGUAUGCUGUUGUUGUGGCAUCUACACCUGUUGGCCUAAAGGAUCAACACAAGGCCCCAACACCAACAUCUGAGCAGCUUUUGAAUUCUGCUACUUCUGCAGCUGAUACUGGUGUUUGCUCAUCUGCUUCAGAUCCUAUACCAAUUCCUAUAAAAGAAAACAAAGACGUUUCUAGUGACCCUAUUGUCUUAGAGUCGUCGAAGAGGGCAGAUGUUGCCUCCAAAUCUAAUAAUAACGUGAUCAAAGAAAAGACUCAAAGUAACAAUGCAAAGGCAAUUGUAAAGAAUCAUCAAUCUAAGUCGUCAGAACCCCCUUCCUCAAUUCAUGAUGGUUCUAGGGCCAUUCUGCUUCCUAAUUCUGAUGGAGAAUCACAGCCAGAGUCCACUGAUGCUUCAAAAGUGGCCGCACCGGAAGUUCAAACCAUUGCUGUUGAAGCUUCUUUACCGUUGCCACUUGACUCAAGUCAGUCAGAUAUCAAGCUCGUUACUUUUCCUAAUCAUAUCAAGGUCCCUGAAUCUUUAAGAAAUGCAUUGACUUUUGGAAGUAUUAAUUCUACUUUUGGAACAACUGUCGGCUCUGUUAACGGUACGAGUGGCAAUGGUUCUACGGGUGGUGUAGAAUCUUCUCAGGAUACUGAUGAAGCUGCUAAGGAGCCUUCUCCUAGCAAUGUAAGUGUAGCUUCAUCUGUUCAAGGAGAUCUUUCAGAGACUCCACUGCCUUCAGCUAAUGUCCUUGAAAAGUUACAACCAUCUGAGGGUAAUGUCUCUUCAAUACCUGACUCAGACUCCAAAAGUGAACUUUUGAAGCAGGGUUUGCAGUUGCCUCCGGAAGUUCCACAUAGCCUCACUGCUCUUAAUGGCCCCAGCUAUAAUUUUGGUUUUUUGCCACCCAUGCUUGGAAGCCAGGUUCUACAAGUGGAAGGACAAGAUAAUCAGGCACAUGAAGCACCUCGAAGUUCAAACUUUGGUGGAAAUUCUGUUGGUGUUCCCAGCCCAAAUACGACCCCACCCCUGCCAAGCUCCAUAGCUGCAACUCCACAGAUUCCUGUUUUCAGACACGCAUAUCCCGCUAAUUAUUUCCCAUAUGGCUAUAUGCCGCCAUAUUAUCUGCCACCAAUGCACCAGUUCUUAAGCCCCAAUGGCUAUCCUCCACAGGCUUCAGCAUACUUACCACCAACAGCACCAGCUGCUGCUGGGAUUAAAUUUCCUCCUCCGCAGUUGAAGGCAGGGAGCAAUGCUGCCAAUCCAGCCCAGUAUAACAUUCAAUCUGGUGGCUCAUUCAUAACCACCCCUACUGGUUAUGCUCCUGGUCCAGCAGUUACAUCUGGAAGCUCAGUUGGUAACACUGAAGAUCUUGGAGCAUCUCAAAUGAAAGGAAGUCAUAUUUACACUACAGGACAGCUGACCGAGGGUCAAACUGUUUGGUUUCACACUCCUGGACAAGAUAUCAGUUCCCUGUACAACCUCCCUCAAGGCCAACGUUUUGCGUUCUCACCUGUCCAUGCGGGCCAUGGUGCCAUGACUGGAAUAUUUCCACCUGGGCAGACAAUGGCUUCUCCAACAUAUCUGCAACAAUCCCAGGCAGUGGCUGGAGCUGCUGAGACCAUAGGACCUCCGCCUGCUGCUUAUCAACAGCCUCAACAUGCACAGAUGAAUUGGAACAGUAGCUUUUGAUUUACGUAAACUUCUUUAUGAGGAUUGAACGCAAAACGCACUGGGGAUCUGAUAUCUGGUUUGUUCUCAGUGUAAAUAUGAAAUGCUGGCCAGAAAAUUUUGGGAAGUCAUCCUUUUGUGGUAGGGAAUGGGCAGUGCUGACCAUCUAAAGUUGGAAAAUAGGUUUGAGAUCUCCAUUAUUGUCUAGCGUUUUUCCUCAUUUGUGUUUUGAGAAAGUCUUGGUGGGAAAUGAGUUUUUAGCUUUGAACUAGUGAUUUAUUAAGGUGUCAUAGGAAACUAAGAGAGGAUCAUAGAGUAGGUGGGAUUUUUUUACCAAUUUUUCCUUUCUGAUAUCUCAUCUGUAUAUUAUGAUAUUAUCAUAGCAAGCAUGAUGGAUCAUACGGUUGUAAUUGGUAUAAUGAGAAUUGGCAUUUUGUGUCGUUUCAUUUC